ACUGGCAGGUGUGAUCCUGGUCCAUUACUGGGCGGCAUUCUGCCUUACUGGAAACAGUGGGUGACGUCACUGCAACUACAGGCACAUCGAGUGACCCAUCAAACAUGGCCCACGCGGCACCCCAACACCAUUGAGGAACAGCCAGAUAUCCUUGUCAGGCUGGACAGAGUCUUUGCAAACUUCUGGUGCAACCUGGAGAAGAGGAUGCAUCAAUCUGCCCAAAGGCAAUCAAAUGACUGUUCAACCUCCACAGCCAUCCCUAAACAAGCGACAGACAUCCGUAGUCCCAGCGAGGAUGAAGGCCCCAAAAUAGCG